UCAGAGCGGCGGCGACGGCGGUGCGGCCAUGGGCGUGUGCCAGUUCUUCCUGCGGGGGUACUGCCGCUUCGGGGACCGCUGCUGGAACGAGCACCCCCGCGGCGCCGGCCGCCCCGGGGGCCCCGCACCGCCCUCACAAGUUACUAGUGGAAGAGGAGGAGGAUGGGGUUCCUCUAACCAGAGAUACAGCAGUGUUAUCCAGCCAUCUACCUUCAAGUCUGAUACAUGGGGUGGCAGCAGAGAUCAUGGAAGAGGAUUCUUUGGCUCCUCUGACUUUGGAUCAUCAGGCGGCAGCAGCAGAAAUGCAGACUUCUCACAGAACAGGUUCUCGGCAUUAGCGAACAGUCAGAGUGUUGCUGAUGGCUCUAAAGAUGAAGAGGAGAGACUUCUAGAAUGUGUAGUGAAAGACAUGGAAAUUUGGGAAUCUUCUGGACAAUGGAUAUUUUCAUCUUACUCACCAGUGAAAGAAAAGCUGAAUGUCUCAGGCUUUUCGGAUGUCUCACCAGAAGAACUGCGUCUGGAGUAUUAUGACAGCAGAGCAAAGAAUAUGAUUGGGAAUUAUAUAGAUGCUGUCCAACAGUUAGCAGCACAAUGGAAAAAUCGUCUGCUUCAGUUGAAAGCUUUAAAUGCAUCGACAAAAGCAGCUUUGCUCUCUGCUUUCAAGAACACGGGCACCCAACCGUCACCUGCCUUUGGACUGGGAGGACAGCAAACAUCAAGCUUUGGGCUCUCAAGCUUUCCUGUGAGCAGCAGCAGUACCAGUGCCAGCAGUUUCUCUUUUAAAG